GGUUACGUUACCGACGUCUUGACGUCAUCGCUCAGCCGUGUUGUGAUUGGUCAGUACGACGUGAACGACUCAGGCGCGAACGCGCUAGCAUUACAAAACACAAGAUAGUGUCGUUAAGAGGUAAUAAGUUUAAUUUUUUGGUUUUAAAAGCAGGAUAAAAGAGAUUUAGUGACAUAAUGUCCUAGAAAUAUUGAGAAUUUAAGUGAAGAAGAAGAAGAAGAAGAAGAACUCGAGUUCUUCCAAAAUGGCUUCUUCUUGCAAAGAGACAUCACUGCCAGUUGAGUCUUCCUGCAUCUCUCAGAGCUUUACAGGUGGUGAUAAAGGUGUCAGAGGAGAUGAGAAGAUCCAGAUCCAGGACCAGAGUAGAGCUGAGAACCCAAAGAUCAACAGACUGAAAAGAGUGAAGAAGUCCAAAAAGUCUGAUCUGAUGCUGAGGGAGUGUAAAGUCGUCAGACCUGAAGUCACUGAUGAUGAUCAUCAUCUUCAUCAUCAUCAUGAGAAACGUUCUCACACAUCCACCACGAAGAACACGAGACCUCCGUCCACCCCUGGUGCACAAUGUUCUCCUUCGAAGCGAGGUCUUCAUCCCUUCUUCCUCCACAUGAACGUGUCUGUAGGACAAAAUAAACGUGAGAUGAAGUCAGAAGGCACCGCUUCUUCUCAUGAGCAGCCGUCCGUCCUGGCAGACGAAGCUGGAAGUCUGAGCAGGAGAGGAUCUCGUGAACGUGAAGAGAGCGAGAGUGAAAACAGCGCUGCGUUCAUGUCUUACUCCACGUCGGCGAGUCGCGGCGCGAGGAGCUCGACGGAGUUUUUUAAAAAUUCUCGCAGCUUUCCGGUCCGACGCUUGUUCCAGACGUUGCUGAACGUGAGACGCGGUGAAGGUGAAGGCGCCCCGGUCGUCCCAGUGGCCGGAAAGAGGAAACAGGAAGUAGAAUCUCACAGCGAUGGACGUCUUCGCAAACGCCAGCGCUCGAGUCAGGAUGACGCCGAGACCGUGAACAGGUCAGAAGGUCGUGUGAGCUCUCGAGAAGGAGCGAGGAGCAGGAACAGGCUGAGGAGAAAACAGCCGCGUGUUCAGGACGCAGCCGUGGACGAGUCACGUCAGGACGAGGGACGCGGCGAUGAUGCGGGACGCGGCGAUGAUGCGGGACGCAGCGAUGAUGCAGAACGCGGCGAUGAUGCGGAACGCGGCGAUGACGUGCCCUGGACGGAGAAAUAUCGUCCUCGGAGCUGUGAUGAAGUGAUCGGGAACUUGGCUGCAGUGAGGAAGCUGUACAGCUGGCUGAAGGAGUGGAGGAUAAGAGCGGAUGUGGAGGAGAGGAGGAAGAGACGAGAGGAGCGUCGGAUGAAGGAGGAGAGCGACGGUAACACGCGGUCGUGGGAUUGCGGGGAUUUCGAAGGCGACCCGCUGACGGAGGAGCGCGAGGACGCGCUGUGUAACACGCUGCUGAUCCACGGACCUACAGGCGCGGGAAAGAGCGCAGCCGUGUUCGCCUGCGCUGAGCAGCUGGGCUUUAACGUGCUGGAGGUAAACAGCUCGUCCCUGCGCUCCGGUCGUCUCGUCCUGUCUCAGCUCAGAGAGUCGACUCAGUCUCACCAGGUGGGGGCGCCGCCGCGGACGCGGACACGGACGUGGCGCUCCGUCCCUCUGUCACGAGAAGAAGCUCCACAGAAAUCCGUCUCCUCCUGCAGAAAACCUCCGGCGAUCUCUCGAGCUGCUUCCGGAAAGAAACGUGGUGCUGCGCAGAAGUCCGUCACGCUCACACGUUACUUUAGGAAAACUGAAAAACUUGAGAACAAACACUCUGAACCUCCUCAAGACACAAGAGGAGAAGAAGCUCCACAGAAAUCCGUCUCCUCCUGCAGAAAACCUCCGGCGAUCUCUCGAGCUGCUUCCGGAAAGAAACGUGGUGCUGCGCAGAAGUCCGUCACGCUCACACGUUACUUUAGGAAAACUGAAAAACUUGAGAACAAACACUCUGAACCUCCUCAAGACACAAGAGCUGCUGAUGAGGUCACACUCGACGAGUCGGAGUUUAAGAAAGACAUCAAGGACAAGACACCGCCGAUAUCACUGAUUCUGUUUGAGGAGGUCGACAUCAUCUUCGAGGAGGACGUGGGGUUUCUCGCAGCCGUGAAGUCUUUAAUGAGCACCACGAAGAGACCCAUCAUCCUGACCACCAACGAUCCGUCAUUCGGCGAGUCGUUCGACGGUCGUUUCGAGGAGAUCCGUUUCCGAACUCCUGCAACGGAGAGCGUCGUGAGCUACCUGCAGUGUGUGUGUGCGGUACGGAGCGUGAAGCCGGACCCGGAGCACAUCCGCUUCGUGGUACGGGAGAAUAACGGAGACGUGAGGCGGAGCUUGCUGGAGCUGGAGGUGUGGGCGAGAAGCGGAGCUGGAAACACACACCACCAUUUACGCAACAGAGCACUCGCUUGUAGGUCCUACGCCGAGUUGGAAAGCAGCAGAUGCGUGGAGGCGCUAGAGGAGAGCUGGAAAAAGGGGCGGAGCCUUCUCCACUCAAACCUGGGUCUCCUUUUAGCCCCGCCCACUAUUGAAAAAUCAGAUCAAAGCACCUUUGAUCAAAAUACUAUUUUCACAUUUCAAAACGACGUGAAUAAAAACCCAUCUCCGUCUGGAAAACUUCCCAAUCCGGAAAACUUUCAGUCUGGAAAACGUUCUCGAGAAAUGAAGCGCUCAGAAUCUGAGCUCCUAUUGGACAGAUUCAAACCGAUGAACCAAUCAGCUGCAGAGGCUGGAGAUCUUUCUGAGGUGAGCUCUCUGGGACGCUUUUGCGACACCGUGUCUUUCGUGGACUCGUAUCUUUCCCCCCGGCGGCCAUCUUGUAAAUCUGGACCUCUGGGAGCCAAAAUGGCUGACGGUUUGCUGGACGAGCCACGAGAAGAAGAAGAAGCAGAAGAUGCGGCGAUGAGGACACGGAGGUUGGAGAGAUGUUACGAGGUCAUGGCGGUGGUGGAGGGUUUGGGGUUCCACAGGUGCAGGAUGGAGGUGCGUCCGGCGAAGCGAGGAGAUCGGGACGAGACGGGACGAGAUAAAAACGAAACGUGGAGAUUAAGUGAACAGAAGAGCGAUGAAAUCGUACGCAAAGUGCUCCGCAGUAAAGCGUUCCGGUAUCACGGCAACCGGACGGCGGUACUGACGGAUUAUCUGCCGUGUCUGCGUUUUAUCUGCAGAGCGCGAGACGCCGAGCAGCAGCCGGAUCUCAGAUUUUCACACUACCUCAGCGAUAUCGGACUGCGUCUCCGUAAAAGCGACGUGUUAGCAUCUCAGCUACACUGAAGAGUUUAAUUUAUUAUUAUAAUAAUGUUUAAGUAUAAAAUCUACCUUCAACACACAAAUAAACAAACAAAUAAACAAAA